AUCUCUCUCUCUUCCUCACCCAUGAUCUGCUUCCAUGUUCCUUGUCAUCUUUCGUCCACCCAAAACACGAGGGAAAUGACAUCUCCGAUUACCAGAACUGGGUUUACCAAAUGACCAAAACACCCUCGCUCAUAAUGCCUCUGGACACCCUAGUCAAGGGAAUGAAAUUGUUGUAAUUUCUUGAGAAGUACAGUCUUUUUUCGUCCACUUAAAAAAGCUCAUCGUCCUUUUGCCCUCUUCCUCUCCUUCCUUGACCGCAAAAAUAAAUAAAUAAAUAAAUAUUGGAGAAAAAGUGUAGAGAGAGAAAGUUAGAGAAAGGGCAAUGGACGGUGGCAGCUACAGGAUAGAAGCGGAGCGGUGGCUUACCAUAGCGGAGAAGCUUCUCACCGCACGUGAUUUCCAGGGCGCCAAGAGCUUUGCGAUCAGAGCACGAGAGUCCGACCCCAGGCUCCUGGAGUUUUCGGAUCAAAUUAUCGCCAUCGCUGACACGCUCCUCGCCGGAGAGUUGAGAAUCAUUAAUUACAACGGCGGUGGUAGCCAUGACUAUUAUGCGAUCCUUCAACUCCCGAGAUUGUCUCAGUCUAUGGAACUCGUCGCGACUCAGUACCGUAAGCUUGCUUUGUUGUUGAAUCCUACCAGGAAUAGGCUUUCUUUUGCAGAUCAUGCUUUUAGGCUCGUUUCUGAGGCUUGGAUGGUGUUCUCCAACCCCUCGAAGAAGGCAAUGUACGAUCACGAGUUGCAGGUGAGUCAGCUCGGGCAACUUGGCCAACUCGGUCAACUCGGGCAACUUGUCAUUCCUGGUCAAGAGUUUCCACAGGGGCAAUCCUCACAAGGAAAUGUGAGGAGAAGCCCUAAAAUCAGCAGGGAUGGAAGAGUAGUAGUGGACGAGGAUGGCAUGGCUCAGCCAGAGUCAACUCGCUUAGAAACUCAGCCGAGAAUGACUGAACCAAUUCGGCCGAUACCUCAGCAUAAAAUCACUGAGCUGAAUCGUCCUGUGCCUCAGGCUGCGCCUCAAGCAAAAGCAACCGAGCCUAUUCGUCCUUCACCGCAGCCUGUAGCAGCUGAACCGAUUAGACCUGCAGCCCAGCCAAAAGCAGCGGAGCCGAGUCGUCCAGUACCCCAGCCAAAAGCAGCGGAGCCGAGUCGUCCAGUACCCCAGCCAAAAGCAGCGGAGCCGAGUCGUCCAGUACCCCAGCCAAAAGCAGCGGAGCCGAGUCGUCCGGUACCCCAGCCGAAAGUAUCCGAGCCGAGUCGACCAGCUGCCCAGCCUAUUAGUGUUGAGUCAUCACGUGCAAUUCGGUCGACGACCCAGACAAGUGUGACUGAGUCAGAGGUACCAAGUUUCUGGACCGCAUGUCCUUACUGUUACAUUCUCUAUGAGUAUCCAAAGGGUUAUGAAGACUGUGCAAUUAGGUGUCAGAAAUGUAAACGAGCGUUUCAUGCGGUAAUGAUACCAUCACCGCCGGUGACAGGUAAAGACACGUACUUUUGUUGUUGGGGUUAUUUCCCGUUGGGUUUUUCCGGUCAUGGUAAAGGUGGAGGUGGUUUUGGUACUAAUUGGUCACCGGUAUCGGCAAUGUUUACCACCCCUUUGCCUGGCGGUGGAAAAUCAAGACAGGGUAAUCCAUCAAAUAGAUCUGAGCCGAAAGUGAUUUACAAAGAUGAUGUCUACAUAGAUCUUUCUGACCCGAGUGAUGAUGAGUCUGAUUCGGAUGAUGAUGAUUGGGAUGGUAGAAGAAAGAAAGCGAAAAAUGCCAAAGGAAAAGCAACACCUAGUAAAAAUGUGAAGAAAUCACAAAAUGAGAGGGCAAAGAAGGCGAGUGCUCAAAAUGCGGAUGGUGUGAGUAAUGUGGAAGGAGAGGUGGUGGGAAAGGGGGAGGGAAGUAGUGGGAAGAAGAAGGGAGCAAAGGACUUGGGGAAGUUGGAUUUGAAUGUAAUGUUUAGCAAUGAGGUGGAAGAGGCAGUGCCAGGAGUGAGCGAACAACAUGGAGCUGGAAAUGGGGAGGAGGAUAAUAUUGAAGGGAUUGCGUUUUUUGAGGGUCUUGAUGAAUUUUUGAGCAGCUUGCCAAUACUCUCUGUUGUUGGGGAUGACAAAGUCAAGGCUAGUUAGUGAAUCCAAUUAGGUUGCUUCAAGGUACUUUGUAUGGUAUGGACAAUUCAUGCUACUGUUCACUCCUGUCAAAUAUGGAUAGUGUACGGCGAUCAGACAAGAAUUGAUGCAGCUUGUUGGACAGCAUUCUUUUGAGAUCUGAAGCGUGACCACAGAUCCUGUUGAUAUUCUCUACAUGAGAAAGGUAUGCUUAUUAGUUAUAUGGCUUAUGUCUGUUUUCAGAAGAAACAUGAAGUAUUAUAAUGGUGAGUGAAAUUCUUCUCUACAUUUUGGUAAGUUGGCUAGAGUGGAGCUCCUAAAUACUUUGCCAUGAGCCCAGUUCCCUAUUUCAAUGUCUGGGAACAUGAGCUGUGGUCCAAUUAGUAAAAGGUCUAUUUGGCAUCAAUGUAUCAGUUGUUGAUAGAAACGCUAUCUUAUAUUUGUUGACUGAAAGUAAUUAAAAGUUGUAUAUACUCCAUUUUCGAAG